UCGCGAGCGCGGCGAGCGCGAGACGAGGCGUCGUGAGUGUCGUGACGUGCUGCAGUCGGCGCUCGGCUCCAUCGUGAAAGAUGGCUUUGCUCGCGAGAAACAUCUGCAAGGCGCUCUCCCAGACCGCUCAGAAGAACACAGUCAGGGCUUUGCACGUGGGAGCAGUAAGGCAGCAAGAAUCGGCAGUCGAACAGGAAGGGAAGUUGAAAUGUACCCUGAUACCGGGAGACGGCGUCGGGCCGGAGCUCGUGGUUGCCGUUCAAAGUGUUUUCAAGGCCGCAGACGUCCCGGUUGAAUUCGAGCCUUACUUCCUGUCGGAAGUGAAUCCCACGCUGAGUGCACCUCUGGAUCAAGUCUCGAACAGUAUCGCUAGGAACCGAGUUUGCCUAAAGGGGAUCCUGGCCACUCCAGAUCACUCCAUGACGGGAGAACUGCAGACGUUGAACAUGAAGCUACGUAAGAGCCUGGACCUAUAUUCGAAUGUGGUGCACGUGAAAUCAUUGCCGGGCAUCAAGUCACGUCACCAGAACGUGGACUGCGUCAUCAUCAGAGAGCAAACGGAGGGGGAGUAUUCCGCGUUGGAGCACGAGUCUGUCAAAGGGGUGGUCGAGUGUCUGAAGAUCGUGACUGCCACUAAGAGCCAAAGAAUCGCGAAAUUCGCCUUCGACUAUGCCGUGAAGAAUAACCGCAAGAAAGUCACGUGUGUUCACAAGGCUAACAUAAUGAAGCUCGGCGACGGACUCUUCCUCAGAUCGUGCCAAGAAAUUGCCAAAAUGUACCCGAGGAUUACAUUCGAGACGAUGAUCGUCGACAAUUGCACCAUGCAGAUGGUCUCGAAUCCACAUCAGUUCGACGUUAUGGUAAUGCCGAACUUGUACGGAAAUAUUGUGGAUAAUCUCGCGUCCGGCUUGGUCGGCGGUGCCGGAGUCGUCGCAGGUGCCAGUUACAGCGCCGAGUGUGUCGUCUUUGAACCGGGUGCGAGGCACACGUACUCUGAGGCGGUCGGCAAGAACGUUGCGAAUCCGACCGCGAUGUUGCUGUGCGCUGUGAAGCUUCUGAACCACUCGAAUCUCAAACGUUACGGCGAGCAGAUCCGGGAAGCGCUGAACCGUGUGCUGAACGACGGAAAGGUGCUCACGAAGGAUCUAGGCGGACAGAGCUCGUCGACGGACUUCACCGCCGCUGUGAUAAACAGCCUGCGCUAACAACGAAACGCCUGUGUAACAUAGGAGGGCCUAGAUCUUGCGUCUCGCAAACUGAUUUCUAUCUGGAACAGUUGUGCGAAUCGUAGUGCCCGCACCUGUUGUAGGGUAUAUUAACUCAUACACGUUUUGAAAUUUGUAAAGCUGUAAAUCUCAUUUUAGAAAAUUGUUAUGAUGCAGACGUCUAUUUGCAGCAGCAACCUUUUCUGUACGUUCUACGAACAGAAAGAGAUCCAAAGUUUUUGCGCAAUCGCUCGGACGCAGAAAUGCAACUGCGAUGCGCGAACUGCGUGAUUUUAGCUAAUGUAUAAUAAAUAGGCAAAAUUGUACCAUAUCUAUACAUAAUAAAUUAUGCUACCUUGUACAAUCCU